GGAGGGGGGGGGGUGGAGAUAGUUGAGGGGAACUGCGAGGCUGAUCAAUGAGAGGCGCAGAUUUCUGCGAGAAAUUUCGACUCAGCAAGAAAGAGAAAGGGAGGGAGGGAGGGAGGAAGGGAGGGAGGGAGGAAGGGAGUCAAUGACAAGGAAAGAUUGAUGAAUGAAAGAUGGGAGCGAAACAUCUGGAGGGGGAAAUACUCAAAGGGAGAGAUAUUUAAAAGGGAGAUUCUUCUUUUAAACAGUUAGACAACGAGCAGAAGAUGAGAGCGGGAGGAAAGGAGGAGUAGAAGAGCAGGAGAGGACGAGGAGAGCCGCGGAACAAGAAGAAGAAGAAGAAGAAGAAGAAGGAAGCCGACUUUUUAUUUCUCUCUUUUUUUCUUCAAGAGUCCGGACGGAGGCUUAAGUCCACGCGAUGGCGUGCUACUACAUCGUGAUCAGCUCCACGCACCUGCGUGACGGCCAGCUGCGGAGCAUCAAGGGGGUGUUCAGAGGACCGAUAGGGGCCAGCGGACAGAGGAACACGGAGGAAGGGGACUCCAGUUUCUACUGCGAGCUUUGCGAUAAGCAAUACGUGAGGCACCAACAGUACGACAACCACAUCAACUCGCACGACCACCACCACAAGCAGCGCCUCAAGGAGCUCAAGCAGAGGGAGUUCUACAGAGCGCUGUCCUGCAGGAGGCAGAGGAGGCGCAGGGAGGAGAAGAGGGAGGAGCGAGCGCUGAGGAGGCUCCGCAAGCACGAAGAGAGGAGGACGGGAGAGUGUGCUCCCGGUUCUGGGCCCAUGUUCCGCUCCACCACGGUGGCGGUCGAACCGGCGAACCAGACCAAACCCGAAUCCGUGCAGGACUGGGACGGCGUCCAUUGCGCCGGCGCCGCUCUGGGAACAAAACUUCAGACCCAGCUGACCCGGCCCUCCCUCCCCCUCGACCCGGCACUGCGGAGCAGGCUCCUGAGUGGCGCGCAGUGGGCGUUUGCCCCGAGGGACGCCAACGAGACCCGGAUGGACUGCGGCGGCGUGACCGCAGGCGGCGCCGUCGCGCCGGACGACAGCCGCUUCGGCAAGAUGCCGUGGGCUCGCGGCUACUCGAGCCGGCCCGCCGCCGCCGCCGCCGAUGACACCCCGACGUCCGCGCGCAGCCGGCUGCGCCCCGUGUCCUUCUCGCUGCCCAAAAGGAGCUGCGUCCUCCUCCACCAGUCGGCCGCCGUCUUCGUCCAGGCCGCCCGGGGGGGCUCCGGUCCGCCGGGGAGGCAGGAAGGCGCGGCGGCGCCGGAGAGAGUCAAAGACCCGGGGGAGAAAGGCGCUGCGGACGCGGAGGCUGCGGUGGGGGCGGGUCACUCGGACACUGGGAACCAGUGCGGUGCGGACGUUGAGGCCGCGGUGAGACACCCUGAGCCGGACGCCAACACCUCCGCUGGGAGGGGGGCAGGGGGACAGCGUGGGACCGGAGCCCGGGACGCGCUGCCCGAUCGCGACGUGAUCCGAGUCGAGGGGUCGGCGAUCAGCGGGAAUGGAGCCCAGCUCCCCUUAUGCAACGGCAAUGGGACCGGAGCCCAGGUCGGCGGUGAAAGUGGGACUGGAGCUCAUCCUGAUUCAAAGCGUGGGACACCCGGACGGGUUUCUGACUCCGUCAGCACAAAUGUGGCCAAAGACUCCGCCAGCAGCCGGGUGGACACGCACAACACCCCGGAGGCUGAAGGUCAGCCAACCUCUGUUGUCCUAAACGAGCCCAAAGAAUCUUCAACCCAAACGCAUCCCAAAGAAUCCAUCUCCUCUAAAGAAUCGCCCCCGCUGCCCCCGAAUCGCCCCAAAGAGCCGUUCUGUCGCGUCCUGAGCCGGGACGGCGCGCGCGUUCUCCUCUGGCCCUCGGAGAUGGUCAGCCACACCAGGACGGCGCCCUCCGUCUCCUUCAGCAUCAACCCCUUGCUGUACGACUUCAGAGAGCACCACAACCGGGCCAAGGAAGGGGGCGAGGGAAAGAGAGGAGGACCCGAGGAAGCGAGGGAGAGGAGGAAGCCGCCUGUGAUCAAACGGCCCGAAUGCCAACAGAGGCAGCGCGUUGUGGAGGGAGGACGGGAGGUGAGGACAGAUGAAAGGGAAGAAGAGGAUGAAGGAGGACAGGCGGGAAAUCCGAUGGAACUUGUAGCCCAUUGUAGCAGCGGGGACGCCGCGGCGGACCGCUGCGGUUGCCGUGAUGAAAGCGCUCUAAAAUUUGUUCCCGUCUCAGCAGAAUGCGCGCCGACAAACGGCCUUCAAAAAGCAGGCUCGGGUGGGGGGAGGAGGAGGAGGAGGAGGAAGAGGAGGGGAGGGGUGAGGAGAGGCGCGAGGAAGAGGGGCAGGAGGAAAAAGGGAGAAGAGGCCGACCGAAAGGAGGCCGGAAGGAGGGUGACAUGUGGCGCUCCUGAGAAUCAGGCGUCUGAGGGGAGAGGAGACGAGAGGUCAAGGAGAGAGGGCGCCGAGAAAGAGGAGAGGAGGGAAAAGGCGCCAUUAAGUAAUCUUCCGGCGGGAGGGAGAGGAAGGAGGAUGAGGGGAGAGGAGAGCGGGACGCGAGGAGAUCAGGCGGAGCGAGAGGGGGCCGCCAGCAGCGCCGAGAGGCGAGCAGAGCUAUUAAGUAAUCUUCCCGUGAAUCGGUGUAAUCGCUGUAACCAGCUGUGUCUGCAGGUGAAAAGGGAGGCCGGGCAGCAAUCAGCCGCCGGGUGGGGCCGGGGGCUCACAAAGCUCCUCCGCAGGGGCGCGGCGUGCGACUCGCCGAUCAGCCCCGUCCCGGCGGAGACGCCACGCUGUCCCGCGAUCACGCCCGACCCGGCUCGGGGCGACGGAGGGGCGGGGGAGGCGCUCCGAGGUACACGGGCAGGCGGGCAGGAAGGGCGCGGGGACGAGGGGCAGAGGAGGCCGGCUCGGGGGGACGACCCCGCCCCCCGCCGGGAGGCGGCACGCCAGCUGGACAUUUGUCCCGUUCCCACAGCGCGGGAUCCGGCGAUUGGCCCGGCUGGUUUCGGGGAAACGGCGUGCGGUCAGAGACGAGCGGCCGCCGGCAAGAGGAGAGGGGGCUCGCCCGAGGGGGCCCCGAGGAGGAAGAGGCAGAGGGGAAGGAGGCAAGCGAGGAGAACGCCGUGCGCUUUGAGACAGGAGGUCGGGUGCGUCCGGGGCGCCGCCGCUGAUCCCGCUGAUGACGACGAGGGUCUCGCAGAGGCCGACGGCGCCGAGGCCGGCACGCGCGUGGACACGUGCGGCCCGCGGGCAAACGCCACGGAAGAACUCAACAACCCCUGUUACGCCGGCGAAGGCGGCGAGGCCUCGGCUGGCGAAGGGAGGAGGACGGAGUGCGGGGCCGAGGGACCUUUCGGUGACCUCCCCACCUGCGGCGCCUCGGGUGAGGACGUAAAACACGACGAGGCCCUCGAGCUGAGGCCCGAGGACCGGCCGGACGAACCGGGGGAGCCGGCUGAGGGCGCGCCCGCCCACGGCGAGGAGGCGGGGACCAAAGCGCAGGGUCGCGUUCCACACCAAAGCAACCCGUCUGAUUCAAUCGACUGCGGAACCUGCGGCGCUAUUGAUCCCGCGGACGCCGUCGCGGCCUCGGGGGACGCCGAGAGGGAGAGGAGGGUGGCGGAGGAGAGGCGGGUGGAGGAGAAGAAGCUGAAGGAGAAGCGGGUGGAGUGGGAGAAGGAGUGGGUGAGGAGAAAGGAAAGGGAGGACAGGGAGAGAAGGAAGGAGGUGGAUUUGGAACACCUCUACGCCGAGAAGAGGCCUCGCUUCCCUCGCGGCCCCCCCGCGCAGUGCCUCCCCCUGCACACCCCCCUCCUCCUCCCGCCCUCAUCCUCCUCCUCGUUCUCCUUCCGUCACACCAUCAUCCAGCACCUCUCCCUCCUCCCCCCUCCGUCGCACCUCCCCCUGCACUCGUACCCCCAUCUCCUCCCCUCCUUCGCCCCACUCACUCCUCCUCCGCCGCCCCCUCUCCAUCCCUCUUUUUACUCCUCAUCCCCCAUUCCUUUCCUGGAUGCCCCCGGUCCGUAUCCCAUGGCGACGGCGUUUCACCCCAUGCAGAGUCACCACCACCACCCGCCUCUGUUUGCCCCGCCCCACCCCCCCGUGCUGCCCUUACAGGUGUUGUUCUAGGAAAUGGACAAAUUGAAAGGGUUAUAAGAAAACAACAAAUGUGAUGUUUCUUAAAGCCAACCC